GGCGUCGGGAGGGAUAAGGGCAUGAAGGCGCUUCUUUGAACGGCCACCAUGGAAGGAUCUAGCACUUCCAGUUUUGGAAUAGACACGAUUUUGUCUAAUCCCAGGUCCGGCAGCCCGGUUAUGAUGAACGGGGACUUUCGGACGGCUCAUGGCGAGGCCAGGGCGGCGGAUUUCCUCAACCAGGCCACUCCGUCCCCUUGUUCGGAAAUAGACACGGUGGGCACGACUCCUUCCUCGCCUAUCUCGGUCACCGCAGAGCACCCCGAGCAGCAUUUGGCGCAAGAUGGCCUGUCGCCUCAGCAUCACCAUCUUCACCACGGCCAACAUUCAGAGCAGCAACAGCCAAAAAGUUUGCAGCCGUCGCCCCAGCAGCAGCAACAGCAGCAACAACUGGGUUCGUGCAGCUCUGUCCCCAGGACUUCCACCUCUUCUUUUUUAAUUAAAGACAUUUUGGGAGAUAGCAAACCGCUGGCCGCGUGCGCCCCUUACAGCACCAGCGUCUCCUCUCCCCAUCCCACCCCCAAACAAGAGAGCAACUCGGCCAACGAAAGUUUCAGGCCGAAACUGGAGCAGGACGACAGCAGAACCAAAUUGGACAAACGCGACGAUAGCCAGAAUGAGCUGAAAUGCCACGGGGCAAAAGAAGAAGGGGACCGCGAGAUUUCCAGCAGCAGGGACAGCCCCCCUGUGAGGGCAAAGAAACCCCGCAAGGCACGGACAGCCUUCUCCGACCAUCAGCUCAACCAACUGGAGAGGAGCUUCGAGAGGCAGAAGUACCUCAGUGUCCAAGACCGCAUGGAUUUGGCGGCCGCUCUCAAUCUGACUGACACCCAGGUCAAGACGUGGUAUCAAAACCGGAGAACCAAGUGGAAGCGGCAGACGGCGGUGGGGCUGGAGUUGCUGGCCGAAGCUGGGAACUACUCGGCUCUACAGCGGAUGUUCCCGUCGCCUUAUUUCUACCACCCGAGCCUCCUGGGGAGCAUGGACAGCACCACGGCGGCUGCGGCGGCCGCGGCCAUGUACAGUAGCAUGUACCGGACUCCGCCUGCGCCUCACCCUCAACUCCAGCGGCCUCUGGUGCCCCGGGUUCUGAUCCACGGCCUCGGGCCGGGGGGGCAGCCGGCCCUCAACCCCUUGUCCAACCCCCUUCCAGGGACCCCUCACCCGCGGUGA